GAAGGAUUUUUAUUCUGUAUCGCUGUAGUUGACAUUUUGCUUGUACAGGAAUAACCUGCUUGGUAUUAUACAUCCCUUGUGCAACUGCCAGUUGUCCUCUUGCCACUCCGUUCCGAACAAAGGAUCUAAGAUAAUCUCGGGAGUUUUUGCCUUUCCUGCGCUUAGUUGACGAUAGGAAAUCGCCACAGCUGUUAAAUAGCUCGGACAAUGUAUCCGCGACUCAUUACCAGUAUAGCCAAGUAACGCUGUGACUCACCUGUCGUACCAUCGAAAUCACAAUCUAACUACAAGCGUGCGUGAUGGUGGUCCCCGCGUGGGCAGCAGCGGCAUGGACGUCCUUGACGACAGCGUUGAUCCUCCCUGGAAUCCCGGGCGCUGCAGCCGAGAAUAAGCAAGCGAUAUGCCUCGCAAGGCACUGGAGCGAGGUGGAGGCGGAGUUCAUUCAAUGGCCCGUUUGUGUCGAGUCGCGAUGGGAGCGAACUGGUCCCAGGAUCACCCAGGACACGACCAGAUCCCCUGACCAGACCGUUUCGGUGACCAUUUCGGAGGGAGCGCCGAGUACGACUGCGAUUCCUGCCCCUGACGGACAACCUGACCAUGAACUUGACACCGAGUCCCCACUCGACAAUUCAAACUUCCUCUCGUUCGAAGAUUGGAAAAAGCAAAACCUGGCGAAGGUGGGCCAGUCGGCGGAGAAUGUCCGCGGAAACAGACAUACGGGUGGGAAAGAGGACCGACGGAGGCCGACGGGGAUCAAUAACGCGCUGGAUUCGUUGGGAGAAGAUGCUGAGAUUGAGCUUGACUUUGGUGGUUUCGGUGCUGAUGCGUCCGACGCGGCGAAGCCUACACCUUGGGGGUCAAGCAUACCUACAGCCGGGAUGCCUGGAGCCGGUGCGGGGGAUGCGGAGGCCGCUGUGCCUGCCGAUCUGCGGAUGGCUGCCUCGCGUGGGAAGGACGCUGGCACGACUUGCAAAGAACGGUUCAACUACGCAUCAUUUGAUUGUGCAGCAACCGUGCUCAAGACGAAUCCUGAAUGUAAAGGAUCAUCAUCUGUCCUGGUCGAGAACAAGGACAGUUAUAUGCUCAAUGAAUGCCGCGCGAAGAACAAGUUCCUCAUCCUCGAAUUGUGCGACGACAUUCUGGUUGAUACUGUCGUUCUGGCCAACUACGAGUUCUUCAGCUCUAUCUUUCAUACCUUCCGUGUGAGCGUCGCUGAUCGGUAUCCGGCCAAGACUGACCAAUGGAGGGAGUUGGGUGUCUACGAAGCGCGGAAUACUCGCGAGAUCCAAGCCUUUGCGGUUGAAAACCCGCUCAUUUGGGCUCGAUAUGUAAAAGUUGAAUUCCUGACACACUAUGGCAAUGAAUUCUACUGUCCUCUCAGUUUGGUCAGAGUCCAUGGAACGACCAUGCUGGAAGAAUAUAAACACGACGGCGAGGCUAAUCGUGGCGACGAGGAGGCCGCUGCAGAGGCGCUGGAGCCGAGUCCCCUCCCUGUCCAGCUUGACGUGAAGGACGUCGUACAGCAGCCUCCAACUACUGUGGCCGUGCUUAAUGAAUCUACCAAUCAACCAUCAGUUAUCGUAGAGACGCAGGGAGCCUGUUCCCAUCAGGGGAUGGAUGUUGUCAGACUUCUACAGCAGGGUGUUUCACCACCCGCGGAUACAUGCGAUAUACGUGCCGCACCAACUGGAGCCGGGAAUGCUGCGGUCAACCAAUCGACUGAGAUCCGCCCGAAGGCGAAUGGAGAAGCUACUCCAAGUGCAGAAGCUUCCGCACCUGCCUCUCGGGUUGACCACUCGGAGAAGGGGUCGGUGGGCGGCCAGAAAGUAACGGGGCCUACCGGUGCGAGUCUAGAUUCGGCCUCCUCUACAAUACUAGGUACAGAAACGGUGCGACAGGAUGCGGUACAUGAGUCCGAGAUUAAGUCGGUCAGUUCCCCUAAGGAAGAGUCCAGCAUACCCUCGGAAUCAGUGCGGCCUUCGGGGACGCAGCCUCCAUCCUCGAACCCUACCACCCAAGAGUCUUUCUUCAAGUCCGUCAAUAAAAGGCUGCAGAUGCUAGAGUCCAACUCGACUCUAUCGCUGUUGUAUAUUGAAGAACAGUCUCGGAUCCUACGGGAUGCAUUUAGCAAGGUUGAAAAACGCCAGCUGGCCAAAACAUCCACGUUCUUGGAGAACUUGAACGUGACCGUUUUGAACGAGCUGAGGCAGUUCCGCGAACAAUAUGAUCAGGUAUGGAAGAGCGUUGCGCUGGAGUUCGAGCAUCAGCGAAUCCAGUACCAUCAAGAGAUCCACUCGAUCAGUGCCCAGCUUGGGAUUCUAGCCGAUGAGUUGGUGUUUCAGAAGCGAGUGUCCGUGAUACAGAGUAUUAUGAUUCUCUUCUGCUUCGCUCUCGUCCUCUUUCCGCGCGUACCGGUGGGUACAUACAUUGAUAUCCCGCGUGUGCAGAAUAUGAUGAAUCGCUCCUAUAGCCUGCGCUCGUCGUCGCCGAUAUUUUUUGGCUCUCCUUCGGCAAGCCCAAGUUCGACACGACCGACGUCGUCGUACCGGGCCACGGGGCGCCAUCGGCGGAAUCUGUCGGAAGACUCGCAGCAUGAACCACUCAGUCCGACCAUUGCCUAUUCUCCCCCGACGCCCCCAUCCGACCCGUCCAGCCCCGACGAAGCGGACAAAAGGCCGGCCCCUUCUCUGGAUACCAUCAACAUGUCAGACCUGGCGCCGCCACACUUCCGGUCGCAUAGCAGCCCACCGGUACUCAACCCUGCCGACGAGGAGAGCCAGAGUGACGAGAGCCCGAUAUCGUAUGAAUCACGAGGGUCGUCUGAGUAUGAUUCGCUAGGUUCUCCUGAGAGCAGCGAGCCGAUUUUGGCGAGCAACGGCAAUAUGCGACAAGAAGGAUGAACGUGCGCUGAGUACCCACCAUGGCUAUCCUUAUCGGUGACAUUCUACGUAACCCUACGUGUAUCCGAGUCGCAUCGUUUCCGACCGUCAUUGUUUACCGACCCAUGUCACUGACGUCACCCGGGGAGGGAUUGAUUUCACCCUUGUCUGAUCAAUUCAUUCCUUGGCGGAACAGCUGGCCCGCCACCAGUGGGACGGUUGUCCAGGAGAUAUGGAAACCCUCUUCCUUUGAGGAAUUUGCCUCUUGAAGUAUGAUUGUUUAUCGGCAUGGACAAUGGUCGCUUGGAAUGAUGGGCACCCCGGAAUAGAGGAGGAGAGAAUUAAUUUGCUUGUAUUAUAGGACAAGAAGGGUGUGUAUGUUUAUUUCUCAAGUGGAGGAGGAACUGUAACAAGUACGCAGCUUGUGAGAUUAGAGGAACAAACCUAAUGAUCCUAAUGAAUAAACGAAGAAAUGAAUGGAGAACUUUAUUCUUUCCAAUUUCAAAGGGUAGUUGAAGAUGAUGUAAGUAAAAUUCGGAUGGUUGCCAUGACAACAAUCAACAACGCGGCUUUUUCUGCUUUU